AUGGGGCUCUACCUCCUACUCUUCGGCAUAACACUCUUCUGGUUUUUUUUCAAAACGUAUCUCCACCGUUCACAAACCACAAAACUACCACCCGGUCCGACCGGCCUCCCAAUCGUCGGUUCACUCCUUCAAAUCGGACCUCAAGUCCACGAGUCACUUGCCAAGCUCGCCAAACUCCACGGUCCACUCAUAACUCUCCGACUCGGUUCCAUCACAACCAGAGUCGCUUCCUCGCCAGAAACAGCCAAAGAAAUUCUCCAGAAACACGACCAGAACUUCUCCGACCGCCACGUCCCUGACGUCAUCACCGCCCAACCGAACCCCGAAGCCACGCUCGGUUGGGUCCCCGGCGACCACCGGUGGCGGAACCGCCGCCGUAUAUGCAGCACCCAAAUGUUCACAACCCAUAAACUCGACUCACUUCAACACCUCCGCCACCAAAAAGCCCAAGAACUUGUUCUACACAUCAAGAAACACUGCUCUUCCGAUGGUGUACCGGUGGAUAUAGGGCGUGUGGUUUUCGCCACCACCCUUAACCUGAUAUCAAACACCAUAUUUUCGAUUGAUAUGGUUGACCCAGAAUUCGAAUCUGCUCAAGAGUUUAAGGACCUGGUCUGGAGAAUCAUGGAAGACGCUGGGAAGCCAAACCUUUCGGACUAUUUUCCGGUGAUAAAAUGGCUUGAUUUGCAGGGAGUGAAGCGUCACAUAAGGCCUUCGUAUAGAAGAUUACAUGAGAUAUUUGAUGAGGUUAUUGAUAAGCGUUUGAAAGAUAGGGUUUUGGAUUCGAGCAGAAGUGGUGAUUUCUUGGAUGCGCUUCUUGAUCAGUGUGAAGAAGAUGGGUCUGGUUUCAAUCGUCAAACUAUCAAGCCCUUGAUCUUGGAUUUAUUCAUUGCUGGGAGUGACACAUCUGCAAUAACAACUGAAUGGGCAAUGGCAGAGCUUCUACGCAAUCCCCAUACUAUGCAAAAAGCUCGAAAUGAAAUCAUGCAGAAAAUUGGCACCAAUCGCCUAGUGAAAGAAUCAGACAUUGAUCAACUCCCAUACCUCCAAGCUGUUCUAAAAGAGACCAUAAGACUCCAUCCAGCUGCUCCACUCAUGUUACCUCACAAAGCCCGAAACGACGCUGAAUUGUUGGGCUUCACCAUACCCAAGGGCACUCAAGUGUUCGUAAAUGCUUGGUCUAUUGGACGUGAUCCAAAAUAUUGGGAGAAUCCGCUGGGAUUUUUGCCUGAAAGAUUUUUAGGACCUAGUCCAGAUUAUAAAGGCAGAGAUUUCGAGUACGUACCGUUUGGUUCUGGCAGAAGAAUGUGCCCCGGCUUACCGUUAGCUAUUCGGAUGGUUCACUUGAUGUUGGCUUCUAUUAUCCAGGCAUUUAGUUGGAGGCUACCUGAUGGAACAACUCCAGAGAGCCUAGACAUGCAAGAGCAGUUUGGAGUCACCCUGAAAAAAGCUGUCCCACUUUGUGCCAUCCCUUCAUAGAAAUUACCCAUUUCACAAGACUUCAAUCUCUCAUAGCAGGGUGGGUGUCAGAUAAACAAAUGAUAGAUAGUCUUAUUCUAAUCUCAAGAGAUGGAUUUCUAAGCUCAAAUCCGAUAGUUCAAAAUGUAUCGCUCGAGUAAAAGUGCAUUUACCACUGUUUUCUAUGUCCGACCUCUAAAUGUUUGGAUUGUUGGUCGAUUCUAUGUAAUUUUAUGGACUUAUUGGUCUUUGUGGUUGUGAAUACAGG